GUCCCGCCUAUCCCGCGCGAGACAAGAGCGCAGAUUUGUUUUUCUUCCCUGGGAAAAAGUCGGGCCUCGGAACUCGGAAGUUCUGAGCGCAGACCGAUUUUCUGCUGGCUUAGGGCAGCAGCUCGCCCUCCGUUUCUCGCCUCUGUCCCUCCGUUCAAUUCGUCGCCCUCUCCCUGUGCUCAACAAACGCCGGCCAACCCUACUGCUGAAGGCCACCCGCGCCGACAUUGACAGCCACCUGCAGCCCGAAGCAUCCCUCACCGGCCGAACGCAGCGCCGCAUCUCUGAGGGGAAUCCCAUUUCUAAAGGGAUCUGGUUUCUCUCGCUCUCUCUCCUCCCCACCACCCUGAAACUUAGUUUGUUUGAUUAACGGCUGUAAGUGGGGGUUGUCCUUUAAUCUUGUACUCUCUCUUUUUCCUUCUCCACUUCCGGGCGGAUUAACCAAGGUUCCAGUUGAAAUGGCGAGUGCCUCUCACCUUUUCUCCCCUUCUUCAAUGGGGAUGUCUGGAUCUGGUCGUUGUUGGGGGAGGAGGAGGAACAGACUUAUUGGCCUCAGAUGCAGCAUGCUCGAGGAGCACUCCGCCGUGGGAUCCUCAUCUUCACCGAAGCCUCGUUUCCCAAGAGUUGUAGGGAAGGGUUCUAAACUAAUUGGCUGCGGUUCAGCUGUGCCUAAACUCAGCAUUUCAAAUGAUGAUCUUGCUGAAAUUGUUGAAACAUCAGAUGAAUGGAUAUCUGUUCGUACAGGAAUUCGCAAACGGAGGAUCCUUUCAGGGGAUGAGACAUUGACGGACUUGGCAGCUGAGGCCGCAAGGAAAGCUCUUGACAUGGCCAAAGUUGAAGCACUUGACGUGGACUUAAUUUUGAUGUGCACAUCUACUCCUGAUGAUCUUUUUGGAACUGGCCCUCAGGUCCAAAGAGAACUUGGUUGCAAGCACGCACUUGCCUUUGAUAUAACAGCUGCAUGCAGUGGGUUCGUGUUGGGCCUUGUAACAGCAACCCGCUAUAUUAAAGGAGGUGGGUUUCAGAAUGUUUUAGUAAUUGGAGCAGAUGCACUUUCCCGCUAUGUGGAUUGGAGUGAUAGAGGUACCUGUAUUCUUUUCGGUGAUGCUGCAGGUGCUAUGUUAGUGCAGGCAAGCCAAGAAGAUGAGGAUGGGUUGCUUGGAUUUGAUUUACGCACUGAUGGUCAGGGGCACAGGCAUCUGCAUGCUACCGUCAAGGCUGACAGUUCAAAGCAGAAUGGGGCAGCAUUUGUCCCACCUAAACCAUCCUCCUAUUCAUGUAUCCAGAUGAAUGGGAAAGAAGUUUUCCGUUUUGCUGUUCGUUGUGUACCAGAGGUGAUAGAAGCAGCUCUCAGUGAUGCUGGUCUCUCUUCAGCGGACCUGAACUGGUUAUUGCUUCAUCAGGCAAACCAAAGGAUAAUUGAUGCUGUUGCAACGCGCUUGCAAAUUCAAACGGGGAGGGUCUUAUCAAAUCUGUCCAACUAUGGGAACACCAGUGCAGCUUCCAUUCCUUUGGCCUUGGAUGAAGCCAUUCGUGGUGGACAGGUGCAGCAAGGGGAUGUCAUUGCUACUGCCGGCUUUGGAGCAGGGUUAACGUGGGGCGCUGCAAUUGUGAAGUGGGGUUGAAAUUCUGAAGACCAUACUAGAUAUGCAGCGUCAAAAUAUUCAUUAACCCUGUGAGGCAUUUGGGUUAUUCUUGUUGAAUAUUUUUGGGCUAUACUAGGCGCUUUGGCAAUUAAUUCCUUAUAUUCAUAAACAUUGUAUUUCUUUCUUUAAUCACAGCUUUGAGCUGCUCAUUUGUUUUCUGUCUUGGUAAAGAACCGCAGAAGUUCCCUUUGUAUUAUUUUAUCAAGCUAAUGGGUAUCUGAUGAAGUGCACUUCAUUUUC